ACCGAACGUGCCAAACGUAACGGAAGAUCGCUGUGCCGGCUCCAGAAGCAGAAGCUUUAUACACAGCUGCAAAUAGGGCAGAGUGAUACUAAAUAGUGCAUUUUGUUUCUACCGCCAGCAACACAAUGUCCAUGAAAAUGCUUUCCCUCGAGGAUGACCAACGAUUUGCGCUGAUGAAGUUCCGUCGGCAGGUGGUUGACGUACUGAAACCGGAGCACGAUGAUUACUAUCUGCUGCGUUGGCUGCGAGCACGCAACUGGAAUCCUGAGGCGGCGGAAAAGAUGCUGCGCGACUCGAUGAAGUUCCGCGAGCGCUGGAAUACAGAUGAGAUCGCCAAGUGGCCCACGCCACAGAUUCUGCUCGACUACAGCCCGCACGGUGUGGCGGGCUUCGAUAAGGAAGGUUCACCGAUCAUCAUCAUACCCUUCGCUGGGUUUGACAUCUGGGGGCUACUGCACAGCGUGUCCCGGGCCGACAUCAUCCGCAUGACGAUGCAGUCGCUCGAGGGCUACAUGCAGCUGGCGUACGAGCAGAGCCAGAAGACAAACAACCCAAACAGCCGACAGUUUGUGGUGGUGUUCGAUAUGGACAACUUCAACCUGAAGCAGUACAUCUGGCGCCCGGCGAGUGAGGUCGUCAUCUCGCUGAUCAAGAUGUACGAGGCAAACUAUCCGGAAAUACUGAAGUGCUGCUACAUCAUCAACACGCCGAAGGUGUUUGCGUUCGCGUACAACAUGGUGAAGAAGUUCCUCGGCGAGUACACGAUCGACAAGAUCCGCAUCUACAAGCCGGACCGGAACAAGUGGCUGCCAUCGAUUCUGGAACGGUGCGAUCCGGACCAAAUACCGGCCUACUUCGGUGGCACCCAAACCGACCCGGACGGUAAUCCGAAAUGUGAGAAAAAGAUUUGCUGGGGUGGCAAGGUGCCGAAAGAGCUGUACACGUCGAAGGAGGACAGCUUCAACAACAAUCUAACGUUCACGGAGACGGAGAUCCGGAAGGGUAGCAAGCUGAAGAUGACGUUUGAUUGUGAGGAUGCUGGCUGUUUCUUGAAGUGGGAAUUCCGUACAUUCGAUCACGACAUCAAGUUCGGCGUCAAGUGCGUGAACAAGAAGACGGAAGAAUCGAUUAUUGAGGUACCACUAAAGCGGGUGUCCUCCCAUCAGAUCGACGAGUCUGGGUUUAUCACCUGCCAACCGGGUUGUACAUAUCACGUACUGUUUGACAAUUCGUACUCGUACUUCAAGACGAAAAAGAUUCGCUACUCCGUCCUGAUGACGGCGCCGCUAAGUGAUGUGGAGCAGACGAUGGCACCGAUUGCCAUAACGGAAGAAACGGCGCCCGAGGAUGGAUCAGCUGAAGAUUGAGCUUUAAGCAUUAAACGCGUUUCGCUUCGUUUUUAAUCUUUCUUUUUUUAAAGUAAUACUUCAAUAAUGGGAAAUAAAACGCAGGAUGUUACAGGGAUGCAUACCGGAUAUUAACGAAACAAGAAAAAAAUCAUUCACGAUGCCAAGAACCAAAGAUUCUGUUGGAAGACUUAAAAUUCAUUUCACGCAAACUGUUUCCCUGCAUAAAUUUAAGGCUUUCGCGUGUUUAACACGGCCUUCUUUGCUUUAUAGGUGCGGUAGAUAAUGUACAGUACCAGCACACACCCUAGGAAUGAGUUUACAUCUUUUACAAAAAAAAAAACAGUGAUUACGCACAUUCUUCCUUUGCGCAGGUGAUAAUCGAUUAGAUAGUAAGCGAAAUUGCAUAUCCCUAGCGGCUUUCGUCCUUAUCGGAGGCAUUGUAAAAAUAUUAACAUUAAUACCGGUGAUAAUAAAAAACACACACAAGACACAGGGACAAUGCAAGUCGGUAAAAUAGACGAUAUUCUCUCGUGGAGAGUAGUGUGUACGUGAGAAACCGCGGGUAAUACAUUAUGUUUGUAAUAAAAAAAACGAGACGGGGAUCAAUAGGUUAAAUAAUGCGGUUCGGCAGUGGCAUUGUGUCCGAUAAAGGGACCGAUUUCGCUGCAAAAUCAUAUGUAAAAUAGGAGUGCGAGUGUUCGGAACUAAAGCUAUGUUUAAUAAACCGUACGGAUUGGU